GUUUCUCUUCUCAGCAAAUUAACCACCAAGGAAAUUUGGUUUCCAAAGGCUUUGUACCUGGUGUCCAAUGACGAACUUGGUCUCCAUGGAGAAUGUGCUAUUCCUUUUCGUUGCUUCUUUUAGUCUCCUCAUCUCAAGCUUCGGUAUUCACGCCGGAGCUCAGGUCAUUGGCAUAAACUACGGCACGUUAGGCGACAACCUCCCCUCACCGGCCCAAGUGGUGGAUCUCCUAAAAUCCCGGAACAUUAACUUGGUCCGCCUCUUCGACCCCAACCCUACCAUCCUUCCGGCCCUCCAGAACUCUGGCAUCUCCGCGGUAGUCGGCGUCUUCAACGACGACCUCCCGAGGCUCGCCAGCGACCCGGCCUUCGCCGCCACCUGGGUCCAAGCCAAUGUAGUUCCUUACAUCAACGCCGGCACUAGCUUCCGCUACAUCACCGCUGGCAACGAGGUCAUUCCCGGCGACCUCGCUGGUUUCGUCCUCCCAGCCAUGCAAAAUCUCGAUGCCGCCCUCGCUGCUGCCAAUCUCCACAUCCCCGUCUCCACCGUCGUUCACAACGUUAUCCUCGGCGUCUCGUUCCCACCAUCGGAAUCUGCAUUCAAUGACGAAUGCUCGGCUAUCAUGGCCGGGAUUGCUGGAUUCUUGAAGUCGAAGAACACACCACUCCUCGUCAAUAUAUACCCAUACUAUGGGUAUGCCAGCGACCCGGAGAACGUAAGGCUUGACUACGCUCUCUUCACUGCAUCCGACGCGGUGGUCGUCGAUGGUCCGUUGAAUUAUUACAACCUUUUCGAUGCGGCACUUGACGGCAUAUAUGCAGCGUUGGAGAAGGCGGGGUAUCCGGAUCUUAGCGUGGUGGUGUCGGAGACUGGGUGGCCGUCCGGCGGCGGUCCUGAUUGGACGACGGCGGAUAAUGCUAUGACGUACAAUAACAACGCGGUGAAGCAUGUGACCAGCGGCAACGGGACACCCAGGAGGCCCGGGACGGCAAUAGAGACUUACUUUUUUGCUCUGUUUAAUGAGGACUUGAAGCCUGAUGGAAUUGAGCGAAACUGGGGGCUGUAUUACCCGGAUAUGACCGAAGUAUACCACGUCGAUUUGCCAUGAUGGUGGCCGGGAUGUGAAUAAAUGGUAAAAAUGGCUACGUUAUGAAUGACUGAGAUUAUGAGAAUGAUAGCCGGGUGAAGCAUUGGGAGAUCAUGACAAUUUAAGUAAAGAUUUAUGUAAUAAAAGAACAAAUAUAUUCUAAGAAAAUGGUUAAUUAUUUGGAGCCAA